CUACAAAUCUAUUACAUUUAUUGAGCAGUGCAGUCAGGAAUGAGUAAACGGGUUGCAGACAAAGAGCUCACAGACAGAAAUUGGCAAGACGAGGAGGAGGAGGAGGAGGCAGGAGUGUUUGCAAAGGCUGCAGACAAUGUCAUCAAACAACGAGUAAUCAAGACUGCUAAAAGAAGAGCCCCUGCAAGUGCUAAUGGUGACAGUAAAGCUGGUCUAUUUACUGGAUUUUCCGGUUUCGCCGGUUUCCCACCGGCACCUGCUCCCAGCCUCAAUAUUCAACCCAGUUUAACUUUCCCUAAAAUCAAUGUCACUAACGGCGACACCAAGCAAUUGUUCACUUUCGGAGCAAAAAGCACAGACUCAGAAACUCCGGUUGAGGAACAGAAGGUUGAAAGUACGUCAAACAAUCCCAUCACAGUCUCAGCUGGUAUGGAUAAAAAACAAUCCAGCGAGACCUCAUUACCAAAAUCAGAAGCAGAUGCCAAACCUGCUGACAAUGACGUUUUCUUGAAAAAACUGAAGAAACUAAAUCAGUCUGUGCUCAAGUUUGCUAAGGAGCAUGUGGAUAAAAAUCCGUUUGUAAUUCUCACGACAGUAUUUAGUGACUAUGAGAAGCACCUGAAAAAGAUUCAGAGCGAUCAGACAGUCCAGGAAUCUUCCCCUGAGUUCAAACUGUCCAACAGCGCACCAAAAGAAGAGAGCCCCACCAAAGUAGACAGUUCCUCAAGCGACGAAGUAAAAGUAGUGGAACCAGUAUCCGAGACAGUUGAGCCCGUGAAACCAGCAUCAAACCCAUUUUCAUUCAGCACGUCAACAGCAGCCACCCCCGCGUUCUCAUUCGGCGCAGCGUCCACCACACCUAAGUGGUCGUUUGGUUCGAGUGAGGGGAACAGCACGGGAUUCAGCUUUAAACCAACCACAUCCGCAGCAGAUAGUACUCAACCCAGUAGUGGGGGUUUUAGUUUUAAACCUUCCUCUGCUUCUAAUACUCCGGGUAAUUCCUUGUUUGGGAAACCUGUCGGAUCAACGUCUUUCACAGGGUUUGGAGGGUUAGUGGGAAAACCAGCCGACUCAACAGAGCAGAAAGAAGAAGAGAAACCAGCUGAGGAUGAGACACCACCUCAACCUGAAAAGGUAGAUCACGUAGAUAAGGAAGCUCUGUACCACAUCAAGUGUAAACUCUUCCUGAAGUCUGGAGACAGCUGGAACGAGAAGGGACUGGGUAUUGCUAAUCUUAAGGAGUGUAACGGAAAGGUUCAGCUGCUAAUAAGGAACGACACUACGAUGGGAACAGUGAUUCUGAACACACUGCUCCAUGAGAACAUGCCUGUUAGCAAAAGCGGCAAGAACGGCUUGUUGAUGGUCGUCACUGGAGAGGACGAAAAAAUAGAAACUUACCUGUGUCGAGUGAAUAAAGACAAAGUCGAGGAGUUCUACGAUAAACUCACAGAGUAUAAGAAAGGAGCGCCUUCUGCAACAGAGUAGUUCAGAUAUUCGCAGCUAAUUUAAUUGAUUAAUUAAUUAAUUAGUUGAUUACUUUUUUGCUCAAUUAUUUAGAUCAGUCUAUCGAUCACCAAUCACCAUGACAUUAUCUUCGAUGAUUGACAAAUUGCUGGAACCACUACGAGGCAGAAUCAUGAUUACGAAAUUAAUAUUCUCACCAUCAUGAUAUGUUUGGAAUCGUUCCCACUUUACGUAAACCAGUUACCAGAUAUUAGCGGCUUAAGACCUCCGAGAGCAUUUCAAAACCCCCUCCCCUGGCCCUAGGCUGACUACGUCAUAUCUGUUCAUGAUACCCUUGAGUAAGUAGUUAAUCAAUUAGUAAUUACUCGACUUACUAAUUAUGUUAUUAAUCAUCAUAUUCCAUGUGUCAGCUGUUAAGUAACUAUGAAUCUUUUAUCUUUUAAAAGCCAAUCACUAGGUAUACUGCAGCUUUUAUUUUAAAGAAUUUUUAGAUGUUUUGUUAGACGAAGAAAUCUUAAAUUUUCUAUUUGAAAAUGAUGUACUUAGCGGUUAACUGUCUUUUCAGGCAGAGUAGAAGUUUUAAUUUUACUGUUUUUAUCACCCCGUACCGUGCCGUAUAAUAUUCAAUAUUUUGGUCAGAUUAUUUUUUCAAGUAAUCGAAACAGUGGUUUAUUGAUCUACCAAAGCAAGGCAGUAAACUAUUGAUGUGUCUGUUAUUAUAACUGAGCUAACGCAUUUGAAAUAUCACGUGAUGUUAUGUCAUGUCACGUGGUGCGACGUCAUGUCACGUGGUGUGAUGUCGUGUCACGUGGUGUGACGUCAUGUCACUUGGUGUGAUGUCAUGUCACGUGGUUAUCAGUUUGACGACAGUUUUUCUCAUCCCGGCCAACAGUUACUGUGAUACAACCCGAAUUUUAUGAUUUAAUAAAACAAAAGUGAGCUGUUCUUUAACCAUUUAUACUAUUUAUUGAUAGAUUUCAUUUUCAUUAUUACACUACAGCUAAAAUA